GGUCAUCAUCAUCAUUAUCAUUUGAUAUUGAUUGAUGGGUGUUUUCGUCGUCGUCUAAGAUUUUCCAUUUUCCAUUUUGUCUUUCAUUAAGUUAUUUCUCUGGGAUUUUUUUUCAAACAACCAAACAAACUGCCAAAAAUUCUGAUUCAGAUCAACAUUUUUUUUCCCUCAAAUUUUUUAAUGUUUUAAACCACCUUUUUUGUUUUUAGUAUUAUUGGCUACAAAACAAAACCGAAAAUGGCUACAAAAUUGGUUCGUUCAAGAUUGAAUGAACGAAGAGAAUGGUUAAAAAAACCAUCAAUGCAAAUUGCAUUGAUAAAAAUAUUUGAUAAAUUUCAACAACAACCGCAACCAAAACAACCAGAAUCCGAAUCUGGAUCAAAAAUUGAUGAUGCAAUCAAAAUUAUUGAAAAAUUAGCCAAUGCAAUAAAAUGUGAUUUAGAAAUUAUUGAACCUUGUUUUGAAAAUAAUUAUAUGAUCAAAAUACGUGCCAAUUUUAAUGAACAAACAACAUUGGAUGAUUAUAAUGAUGAUAAUAAUUUUGAAAUCAGUAAUUUUAUUCGUCAUUUUUUUAUGAAUAUCAAAACAAAUGGUACUAUUCUGGAAUUUCCAUGGAAUACAAUGAAACAAAUUGAAGAAGAAAUUUAUUCAAAUAAUCAAAAUGAAGAUCCAUCACAAUCAUUUACCACUGAUUUAUAUUCAUUUUCAAUUGGUUCAUUAUUAAAUUUAUCAACAUUUGUUUGUCAUUUAAAAUCUGAUCAUGCAUCAUAUCGUUUAAAAGAAAGUAGAAAAAUGGAAAUUGAUUUUGAUAAAAGUAAUUUAAAUUUUUAUUUCAGUGUUAAUUAUUUAAGUAGUUAUCGUUUGGAAAUACGUUUUGAUUCGAUAAAAUAUUUAGUCGGUGAUAAAAAUUAUAAUUCUGGUACAAGAUUCUAUUUGGAAUUAAAUGCAGCACCAUUCCUUUAUAAAUUGAAUGGUAAAUUUUAUGAACGUAUUGCUGAUUUUUCAGCUAGUUUUGCAUUUUCAAAUCAACGAAAUGAUACAGAUUUAUUGGGCAAUGCAUUAUCAUAUCAAAUUGAAUUAUUUGAUUCGGAUUGUAAACCAUUUUCAACACUUUGUACACGAUGCAAGGAAAAAAAUCGUAAUUUUCAAUUUUAUAUUGGUUUAGUUAAUGUAAUCAAUCAAUCUGAUCAUAAUUCAUUUACAAUGAAACAAUCAUAUGAUUAUGUUGAUCAAUUUUUUUCGAAAAAUUUUCGUAUCAAUUAUGCUUGUCGUGUUUUAUUAUCAAAAUCAUAUAAGAUAAUCGAUUAUUUGGGAUCAGAUUUACCUAAAUUUUUAUUACGAUUACAAACAAUGAGUGAAAAACAAGAUAUUGAACAAUCAUUAUAUAAAUUAAGUUUACGUUGUGAUAAUAUACUAUAUGAUAUUGAACAAGAUUUUAAACAUAUACUUGAAGAUGGUAAUCAAAAAUCAUUAAGUGAUUCGGUAAAUGAAUCCGUACAUGUUAUGAUACGUAAAGCAAUACUGACACCAACACGUUUAGAAUAUUGUCGUCAAAUGCCAAUGUUACGUUCACGUUUUAGUAAUAUGGCAAAUUUAGAUUAUGCCAUCAGGUUUUUAUUAAAAGAAGAUAAUAAUGGUGUAUUGAAUUCAGCAUCACCUGAUAUAAUACUAUUUUUAAAAAAAAUAUUUGGAAAAAAAUUAGAAAAUGGUUUUAUGAUUUGUGAUCGUGAUUAUCAAUUUUUAGGUGCAUCACCAAGUCAAAUGCGUGAAAAUGGUAUUAAUUUUUAUGCUGAAGAUGAUGAAAAACGUACUGCAUUAACCAUUAUAUCGAAUGCUGGAAAUUUAAGUUCAUAUUCAAAAAAUCCAUCAAAAUUAAUGGCAAGAUUAGGUUUAAUAUUUUCACAGGCAAUCAUCUAUUAUGAUAUUUCAAAUAUGGAACGUGGUAAAAUUGAUGAUAUUAAAUCUGAAGAUGGAAAAUAUUGUUUUUCCGAUGGUUGUAGUAUUAUUUCCGAUAAUAUUGGUAAUGAAAUUGGUAAAAAUUUACCAAAUUUAAAUGGUUAUAUACCAUCUGCAUUUCAAUUUCGUAAUGGUGGUCAUAAAGGUGUAUUGGUUAGUUAUCCAAUCCCUGAAAAUAAUAUAUUGUUUCGUGCCAGUCAGAUAAAAUAUUCGGCAAAAGAUCCUAAACUUGGUAUUUUAAAUUAUUCAUAUCCACGUUCAGUUUAUUUAUGUCGUCAAUUAGUUAAUAUAUUAAAUCAAUUAGGUGUUGGUGAACGAUUAUUUAAAUAUUUUAAUCGUGAUACUGAAAUUAUAAUGAAAUCAAUGUUAACUAAUGAUGCUGCAAUGAAUUUAUUGAAAAAUUAUCAACAUAUAAAAAUACCAUUUGAAAAAAUGAUGGACGCAGGAUUUUCAUUGAUUGAUGAACCAUUUUUACGUUCAUUAUUACAACAUGUAAUGAUAUUUCGUUUACAAGAAUUACAAACCAAAGCUCGAAUGAAAGUAUUUGAAACAAAUGGUCGUUCUGCAUUUGGUGUUAUUGAUGAAACAAAAAUAUUGAAUUAUGGUGAAUUAUUUUUUCAAUAUAGUAUACUGGAUAAUGAUGGACAACCAACUGGUGAAACAAAAAUACUUGAAGGUGAAAUUAUGGUUACAAAAUUUCCAUGUACAUCAUUAGGUGAUGUUAGAAAAUUUAAAGCAAUCAAUACGGAAAAUUUAAAACAUAUAAAAGAUUGUCUGGUAUUUCCAUCGAAAGGAAAACGACCACAUACAGAUGAAAUGGCCGGUUCUGAUUUGGAUGGUGAUGAAUACGCAAUAUUUUGGGAUAAUGAAUUAAUAUUUUCGGGUGAAAAUCAUGAACCAUUAAAUUUUGAAAGUUACACAAGACCUGAUUCAUUAAAUAUUGUUACACAAAAAGAUAUGAUAAAUUUUUAUCUUGAAUUUGCUACCGAAUCAAAUUUAGGUCGUAUUGCAAAUUGUCAUUUAAUGUUUGCUGAUUUUCAUCCAAAAGGUUUAUUAUCCGAUGAAUGUAUUGAAUUGGCUAAAGAAUAUAGUAAAUCAUUAGAUUUUCAAAAAAAUGGUAUCAAUGCAAAACUUGAAAAUGAAUAUAAAUCCGAUAAUCGUUUUAUACGGCCAGAUUUUAUGACUAAAAAAGAAGUUAAACAUAAUUAUUAUUUAUCGAAAAAUAUUUUGGGUGAAUUUUUUCGUCAAUGUUGUUUAAUUGAUAAUAUUAUACAAAAUACUGAUCGUUUAUCACCAGAUUUACAAGAAUAUGUUGAACCGGAAAAAAAAUUAAUCAUACCUGAAUGGAUCAAAUAUAAAAAUGAAGCAAUGGAAGCAUUUAAAGAAUAUUAUAAUCGUAUUGUUGAAACAAUGGAAACAUUAGGUGUUGAAUCAGAAGCAGCAUUUCUUACUGAUUUAUUUGAUAAACGACCCGAAGUAACAACAUUUUUAUCACGUGAUUUAUUUCGACAUAUGCAAGAAAUUUUUGAUAAACAAUUAUUAGGUAAAAGUAAACGGCAAAAAAUUAUUCUAAUAUCAGCAUGGUAUGCUAUUUGUUUUGAAAAAUCAACAUUAUUACAAUAUCAUUAUAAACAACGGCCAUUGCUUGGCAUGCCGUUUAUGUUAUCGGAUAAAUUAAUUGAAUUAGCAUAUUAUGUUGAUUUGAAUAUGUCGGUAACAUUUUCGAAAAAAAUUCAAUCAACGAAAGAUAAUUCAAUAUUAUUUAGAUAUGAUGAAUUUUUAGAUCAAUCAACAAGAUUCAUAUUGAAUUGGAUGGAAAAUUUUCAUAAAAUAUUUUUUAAAAAUAAAAUAACAUUUGAUAAAAUUUUAGUGAAAAUUGGCGGAAAUGAAGAAAUUUCAUUACAAUUAUUUCUUGGUCGUCAUAUAAAAAAUAUUCUUGAUUCGAUUGCUGAAAAAAAUUCAUUAAAAAAACAAGAUAAUAAAGAAAAUAAUUAUCAAGAUAUUUUCCUAUUGAUUGAUGAAUUUUUUCGUCAUUUACAUUAUCUUUGUAAUGAAAUUAAUACAUAUAUAAUUGAAUCAAAAUUUGAACAAAUAUUAUUGUUACCAUAUGCAUUAUAUGCAUCAAGAUUUAUUGGUCAUAUUGGUUCAUUUAUGAAUAUUAAUGAUUAUUCGAUUACAAAUAAACAACAACGAAAAAUUACAACUAAAAAUGAAUUUAUUGCUGAAACAAUUAAACAUAUAAAACGUUUAUUCAAAGAUAUUAAUCUACGUAGAGAAAGACUUUAUUAUAAUUUUCAUUUUUCAAUUUUAGAUAAACGUUUAAUUCAAUUAUUUAAUAAUAAUUCAUCGAAUAAUAAUGAUAAAUAUAAAUGGCAAAUUUUCGUCGGCGGUUUAAUUGAUUAUCAACCAUUCAUCAAAAAACAACAACAACGAAAUAAUAAAAAUGGAAAAAAAAUAACCGAAUUUGGUUGGAAUUUGAAAAAAUUUCAGAUAAAUUUUUUAGAAUUAAAAACCAAAGGUUUAAAACCAUCAAUAUCAUUGUUUCAAUUGUAUUUAGGUAAUCCACAUUUUUAUGAUAAUAUUUUUUUAAAAUUUUCAUUUCGUCAAAUUAAUUGUUGAUUCAUAUCUGGACCAAACAAACAAACAAACAACCAUUGCAUUUUUUACCUGGCUUUCU